AUUUAUCAACAAUUGUUGCGGCAGUAGAUACAAUUUCCUAUGACACGAGAACAAUGUCAUAUAGCUCGUGUAAAAUUAUGGAAUGUAUCACAUUCGGAAGAGAAAUUGGGGCAAUCGAUUCCUUGACGUUUGUGAAUAUAUUUGGCCCUAAAAUACAUAAAGAAGCAUUUGUGUUAAUCACCAUGGGAUGCAUUCGUUAAAUACACAAGCUAUGCCGGGAAACACGACGAUGGGUAGCACGCUAUUAGACAAGGAAUUCCAUCGAAUUCUCAUGAAGCGCAAGGAAGAAUGCUUGAAGUUGAAGACCAUGAACACGACGCUGCCGUUAGAGCUAUAUUGUCCCCUUACAUUCAAUGGCUGGUCCUGUUGGCCGAACACUCCAGCGGGGUCGACAGUGUACGCUCCAUGUCCGAACUUCAUCACCUGUUUCGACGUAUCAUUAACAGCACACAAAUCUUGCGAAGAGAACGGCUCUGCAUUUCGAGUAUAAUAUGGAUCAAUCACAUGAUGAGCGUGAAUCUCUUAAAUCUGAAGCCAGCCGAGCUUCUCUGGUGCUACUCAAGCUACGGCGUUUCUGCCUUUACAGUCGGUAUUUGUCGUAAUUUUUGGCGUAGGUUUUAUAUAAAUCUGCAGAAAAUAUUUAUCCCCUCUCUGCUGAUGCUUAAAAAUCGCAUGAUAAACACAUUCCAGCGAUUAAUUUCAAAUCCAUUGCCG